UUGUGUCUGUGGUACAGCCAUCAAAUUGGAACAGGAGACAAUUCUCAUGAAUUUUCAACUGGUUUCUACAAAAAUCAGUGCAUCCAAUCAGAACUGAAAAUCACAAUCUCUCAUUUUCCUUCCUAACAAACUCUAUGGCUUCUUUUCUUCAAUCCUCACCUAUUGUCUCUCACUCUUCAACACCAUCACAUUCUUCUUCAUCUUCGCUCGCAUAUUUUCAUCCCAGACACUUCGUCUCUUACGUUUCUUACCCACCAAACACUCGUCCUAAGAGAAACCUCGUUAUCCAAUCAGUGGCCAGCGAAGGCUUCGUUCCUGGCCUACCACCGUCGCCGCCGAAGCUCGACUCACUGAAGCUCAAACUACUGGGUGCUGUUUCUGGGCUAAAUAGAGGCCUUGCUGCAAGUGAAGAUGAUCUACAAAAGGCAGAUGCUGCUGCCAAGGAGAUUGAAGAAGUUGGAGGGCCAGUAGAUCUCUCAGCUGAUCUUGAUAAAUUGCAAGGAAGGUGGAAACUGAUAUAUAGCAGUGCGUUCUCAUCUCGUACAUUAGGUGGAAGCCGUCCUGGGCCGCCCAUUGGAAGGCUUGUCCCCUUAACUCUUGGCCAGGUAUUUCAACGGAUUGACAUCUUCAGCAAAGAUUUUGAUAAUAUAGUGGAGCUUCAAUUGGGCGUUCCAUGGCCUAUUCCGACCGUUCAAUUGAUUGCCACGUUAGCCCACAAAUUUGAACUCAUAGGGUCUUCAAAGAUUAAAAUAGUAUUUGAGAAAACCACCGUAAAGACAGUUGGAAAUUUAUCAGAAUUACCAGCAUUCGAGCUACCUAAGAUUCCAGAUGCAAUAAGGCCUCCAUCAAAUCCAGGAAGCGGUGAAUUUGAAGUUACAUACCUUGACGCAGAUACUCGAAUCACUAGAGGAGACAGGGGCGAGCUUAGGGUCUUUGUUAUCGCAUAAACUUUACGCAACUGAAGUGUCAAUACCAUGCCUUGGAAUUCAGUUUUAAAUCUUAUUUUGUCAUGCAACUGUAACAGUAUCCCCCCACGUACCCUCUCUCUCUUAUAUGGUGGCAUGUAUAGAAAAGCACAAUAAAAAUGCUAUUUUAGAAGCAUGAAAGUGUUGUCUAACCAUAGAGUAAUGGUCAACCUAUGUUGUUUAAUACAGGGCUCUUGAAAUAUUGUCUAUAAAACUUGUUUGUUGUGUCA